AUGCUGCAGGACAUCCCAGUAGCACAGAGGGAGGAUGCAGUAGCGAGCUUGGAGUACGAGGCACAGGCGAGGCUCAGAGAUCCGUUCCAUAACCCCUCCUUUCCCUCAAUCCUGCCUGUAUUCCUGUGCUGCUCUGCUUCUGCCUCCCUCCCCACGUCCUUCCCUCCUCUACAGGACAUCCCAGACAUCCCGGUGGCUCAGAGGGAAGAUGCAGUAGCGAGCUUGGAGUACGAGGCGCAGGCGAGGCUCAGAGACCCCGUGUACGGCUGCGUGGGGGUCAUCUGCCUGCUGCAGAAAGAGAUGGUGGCCCUGCAGGAGCAGCUGAGGGACAUCGAGGCUACUUCCCUCUCAUCUUCUCCCAACGCAGCGCACGGUUCAAUGAUUUCUGGGAAUGGGGCCAUUUAUCUCUUUUCGUUCCACCACUUAUACCCUCCUCCUCUUCCCUUUUUCAGAUGGGUUCCUUCGUCGAAGUAUCCGCAGUAUCAAAACGACUGUCCGUAUAUCACGGAUAACUUCAACUGCAUCAAGAACGGACGGCCGGAUGGCGACUUCCAGCACCUCAUCUGGAAACCCAACGGCUGUGAUCUGACCAUAUUCAAUCCCAAGUCAUUUGCGGCUCGGUUCGUGGGCCAAUCGGUUGCUAUUGCGGGUGACAGCACCGGACAGUACCUCUACCAAUCACUGCGAUGCCGAAUUAGCCAACACUACACUACAGAGGACUGGGAUCCGAAACUAGCUGGGUGGACGGGCCAGGGCUUUAAGGUGAAGCUGCUUGGCACGCGAGUCAUUCUGGUGGACACUCCCUUCCUCAUGGAGGCAUGGCCGGAUGUGGAGGGCGAGUCCAAGGCCUCUCACCUAUGGCACGUGCAGCUGGGCACCAUCAACCACAAGAUCCUGGAAAUGCUGCCUAAAAUCCCUCAGCUUAAAGCCCUGAUUCUCGUCGCCAGCAAUUACUUUUUACCCCAGCCAGCCACUACCACCACCAGUGUCAACAACAGUGCGUACAGCAGCUAUAUCAGCAAUCAGAGGAUUUAUUAUUCCCAGGGGAAGCCAAUUUCGCCACAGCCUACACCACAAGACGCAUUAUCUACUGCGCUUAAAGCUGUAUCGGGUUAUUUCGAUAAGAAUUUCCAGCUGGUUCGGCCGUUUUUCCUCACCAUGCCGCCGUCGCACAACCCAAAUAUGUUCCGAUACGCGGCUACCACGUGCGGGCUGUUUGCAUCCCCUUUACAAGCUGAUGCGAUGCGCUACGCAGAGGCUCGGAGCGACGCCACCGGCUGGACUGCAGUGCAGCGGCAAGCUUUAUCCAAAUCGAAAAUCAAGCUUCUUGACAUAUUGCAAAUGUCAAUGUAUCGGGCGGACGGGCAUAUGGCAGCGCCGCGCAAAACUAUGUUAGUUGGACAACCUCGCUUGUCCCCUCACAUCGUCCUCAGCCUUGACGCACCGCCACCCUCGCGACCCCCGUGUCCCCGUCGCCAUCACCACUCCCAUCGCUUCCUCGCACAGGCCGUCGGGCCCCAUUCCGACGCCCCGUCCACCACUCCGCGACCAGCCACUUUCUCCGUAAGUCGUGUCCCCGCCACUCCCACUAUCCUGACUUGCACGCCCACGUUUCUCCUCCCCGCGCGCGCUCCUACCCCGAACCAGCGCGGCAUCCUCUUUCCACCCCGCGCGCGCUCUUCCCGCCUCCCGCGCGGCAUCCUCUUGCCUCCCCGCGCCUGCAUUUGCUGCCUCCCCGGCGGUCUCCUCUCACCAUCCCUAGCGUGCGGCACGCGCCUUUAUAGCGCGCGCGCCUGUUGCCUCCCCGCAUGGCCUCCCCUCAGCAUCCCGCGCGUGCUCCUCGACUACUCCAACUCGCGUGAGCCUCUCGCCUUAGCGCGCGCUUCACUUGCCUCCAUGCGCGGGCUCCUCUCACCUCCCCGCUCGUCCUCCUCUCGCCGCCUCACGCGUGCAUCUCUCGCCUCCCCGCGCGUGCAUCUCUCGCCUCCCCGCGCGUGCUUCUCCCUCCACCCCGCGCGCGCCCCUCUGGCCUCCCCGCGCAGCAUCCUCUCACCUCCCCGCACGUGCGACACUCGCCUCCCCUCGCGAGCUCCUCUCUCCUCACCUCCAAUGCUUGCUCCCCUCCCCUCCCCGCGCAUGCUCCUUUCUCCUCACCUCCCCACGUGUGCGACUCUCUGCUCACCCUGCGUGCUUCUCUCGCCUCCCCGCACGUGCUUCCCCCUCCUCACCUUGCGUGCUUCUCUCGCCUCCCCGCGCGUGCUCCUCACUCCUCACCCUGCGUGCUCCUCUCGCCUCCCCGCAAGUGCCCCUCUCUCCUCACCCUGCGUGCUCCUCUCGCCUCAACGCACGUGCUCCUCUCUCCUCACCAAAGGGCGUCCUCAAGCCUCCCCGCGCGUGCUCCUCUCUCCUCCCCGCGCGUGA